UUAACUGUUCGCUUCUGUCAGUUGUUUGUCGUGAAAUAUCAGGAAUGCUACCUGUUGAUACAGAAAUACAUCUGCAACAUUUCCUGGAAUCUUAGAUGUGUUUGAUAUAACGGGUUUGUGUUACAGCAGUAACUUUUCAGCAGUUGUUUUAGUGUUUGUUUACACCACACUCUGUCACGCAAUGUAAUUGUCUUCUGACUGUCGCCAUCCUUUCGUUUUGCCUCUGUUUUGUUGAAGUUUUUUGUCUACUUUUUGCAAAUCAUUAUUUAUCACCAGUAUAGUAAUGUACCUGAGAAUUGUGAUUUCAAAAGUCAGAAAAUCCGUCAUGGGUUCUGUAUGUGUUGACCAUUUGAAGGCUUAGUCAGCAUGAGUUCACUCCCUAAUGUUCAUUCUGAAACUGCAAACAAUCUUAGAAAAAGAAUUAAAAGAAAUAAGAUGGGUCCUCAGACAGAGGAAGAGAAUUGUGAAGUCAUUGAGAUGACAGAGCCAAUGCUGGUGCCUGAGAGCAAUAAAGAUGAUGAUUGGGGAAAUAGUGAAGAAAGUGAAUGUGAAGUUAUGCUGAAGACAUCAAUUCCAAAUUUGGUCAAUAAUUAUAGUGGGGAAGAGAAUGUAGAAGGCUUCUGGCCCCUUGCAUUCCAAAUAUUUUUCCCAUUCCUUAUUGCCGGAUUAGGUAUGGUAGGAGCUGGAAUUGUUCUGGACAUUGUUCAGCACUGGAAUGUAUUUCAAGUGGUGACAGAGCUCUUCAUUUUGGUACCUGCUUUAUUAGGACUUAAAGGAAAUCUUGAAAUGACCUUAGCUUCAAGGCUAUCAACUCAAGCGAAUCUCGGACUAAUGGAUUCAGUGGAUCAGCGUUGGAGUCUUAUUAAAAGCAAUUUAGCUCUCAUCCAAUGUCAGGCAAUAGUCGUAGGUUUUCUGGCCUCGAUAGCUGCAGUGAUAAUGGGUUGGAUUCCUGAGGGUAGCUUUGACAUAUACCAUGCACUGCUAAUUAGCGCAAGUGCCGUGUUAACAGCUUCCUUUGCAAGUUUUGUUCUCGGUAUCAUUAUGGUGGUUGUGAUAAUUAUUUCUCAUCGGUUCAAGAUUAAUCCUGACAAUGUGGCGACUCCUAUUGCGGCCUCUUUGGGUGACUUGACUACUUUGGGACUUUUGGCAACAAUUUCUACCUUGCUUUUCAAUGCAAUCACAAAUGUAGAGGCUGGGCUUUGGUGGAUAUCUCCUUGUAUUCUUUGUGCCUUUAUCGCAUUGCUUCCAUGGCUAGUAUGUGUCUCCUCUUCCAACACAUUGACCAAAGAAGUCCUGUACUCCGGAUGGUCUCCUGUUCUAGCAGCUAUGGCAAUCAGCAGCAUGGGGGGUGUAAUAUUAGACUGCACGGUUAAGGCUUACAAAGGGAUCGCCGUCUUCCAGCCUGUUAUUAAUGGUGUAGGAGGCAAUUUGGUAGCUGUUCAAGCGAGCAAGUUAUCAACUUGGCUACAUCAGCGUGGGCGAAUUGAGGAAGCGUCCAUCAAUGGCAUGGGCGAUGGCAACAAAACCUUUUUUUGCGUCAGUCCUAUAUCCACGUUCUGCACGGGUGGUCCUCACGCGAAAACAGCUCGAGUUCUUCUGUUACUGGUACUUCCUGGGCACAUAAUCUUCACCCUUGCGAUAUAUUAUCUACAAGCAGGGCAUACUAGCCUUACUCCGGUGUUUUUCGUGAUAUACAUGUUUUCCGCUUUUCUUCAAGUGUUACUCUUGCUGUAUAUUGGCCAUGUAAUGAUUUUAUGGAUGUGGAGCCGUUCCAUCGAUCCAGACAACUCUGCGAUACCUUAUUUAACUGCAUUGGGUGAUCUGUUGGGAACGGCCUUUCUAGCAAUGGCUUUUCAUAUUCUGUAUCUAAUUGGUGAUAAGGACGCCGAUGUCGGUGACUAAGUACGCACGAAUUAUUGAAUGUAUUAAGUAUUAUUUCUCCACUGACCCCAAAAAAUUCUGUAUUAUAUCGUGAAAAAAAAAAUAUGCAUACUUACUAUUCGAUUCUUUGUUGCCCUUUUUUCUGUUGGAUUCUAUACGUUAGUCUAUGAAACAAGAUUGUAUUUGUGAUUAAACAUUGAGAAAUAGACAAAUACGGGAUCACGGUACAGAAA